ACCGACUUCCGCUGUAUGCUGAAGAGACUCAACCAGAUGAAAAAAGAGAGGGAAGACGAACAGGCCAAGGUUGUAGAGAAGCUGGAGGAUGUGAAACAGAUAGAAGUGAAACCUGGUGGGAGAGCGGAAUUCAGCUUCAACAUGAAACUUUUGGAUCCCAACAGUGUAAUUCAUGUAUACAAGGAUGGGAAAUCGGUGGCAUAUGGUGAUGAGGAAAAUUCAAACCCUCGCCUUAAGAAAAUUGGGACACAGUAUGUUUUCAGCAUCAAAGACCCUCAACCAGAAGAUGCUGGAUUAUACCAGGUUGAUGUUGAGGAAGCAAAUAUCCUGACAACUGACUUUCAAGUCCCUGAUGUGAAGUUCGUAGACAAGCUCAAGGACACACAGGCCGUUGAAAGCGAGGACGCAGUUUUUCAGUGCGUCUUGUCCACACCGCUCAACAGAAUCACUUGGUCAAAACAGGACGAGGCACUGGAACAUGGGGACAAGUAUGAAAUCACUGUCUCAGAGGACAAACUCACUCACACAUUAAGAGUCAAAGACUGUGCAAUGGCAGAUAAUGGAGCGUAUUAUGCCAUCGCUGGGAUAACUUCCAGCAGUGCCUCUCUCAUAGUGGAAGAUCGAGGUGUCCAGUUUGUGAGUGGGCUGUCAGAUACUGCUGCUAAUAUUGGUGAACGGGCAGAGCUGACUUGCAAACUAAGCACUGACACCUCAGAGGGACGCUGGUACAAAAAUGGAAAGCUGUUAACCGAUGGAGACGGUGUACGAAUCAUCAAAGAUGGGGCCUGUCACAGGUUGAUAAUUGAUUGCUGUAAAAAGGACGACUCAGCAGUCUACCGCUUUGAGGCUGAGGGACGUAAAUCAGAAGCGACACUUAAUAUUCAAGAUCCGCCACAAAUAGACAGUGAGGCUCUGGUUAAUUUCACAAAGCCAGUUAUUAUAAAAGCAGGUGAAAGUGCUGAAUGGAAGCUGACGUUCUCCGGCAGAGACCCAAUUAAUAUACAGUGGUACAAGGAUGACGACGAGCUGUCGCCUGGCCUCAAUGUGAAGACUGAGACAUCAGCGUCUCAAAGCCAACUACGCCUUACCAAGUGCCAAAGGAAAAACAGUGGAGAGGUCAAAAUCAAAAUCAAAAACGAAUUUGGUACAAUAGAAGCAACGUCCAGACUUAUCGUACUAGGAUACCCAGGAGCCCCAUCAGCACCUAAAGUAAUCAGCGCCUUUAAAGAGUGCAUCAACCUGGCAUGGAUUCCUCCCUGUGACACUGGAGGAACCAAAAUAGUGGGAUACAAUUUGGAAAGGAACAAGAAAGGCACUAAUUACUGGAGCCUGGUAAACCAAGGAGGGCCAAUAACAGAUACAAAGUUUGCCGUGAAAGACGUCUUUGAAGGGGCAGCGUAUGAAUUCAGAGUGUCUGCUAUCAACCUGUCUGGUGCUGGAGAUCCUAGUAUUCCCUGUGACACAGUCAUUGCAAGGGAUCCAAUGAAACCUCCAGGCAGAGUCACAGACCUGAAAUUAACAUCCUCCAACUACACCACGUUUUCACUGGCUUGGACUAAACCUAGAGAACUGAAAGGGGUUGAGGAUGAAGCCCAGGGAUACUAUGUGGAGAUUAGACUGAUAGAAUGCCUCGAAUGGAGCCGCUGUAACAAUGUCCCAAUUACUCGAACUUCCUACACUGUGCUUGGCUUGAAGGCGAUGGCCACAUACUGGGUGAGAGUAAUUGCCACCAAUUACGGAGGUGAAGGAGAACCUCAGGGCUUUGACAAUUACGUCAUUGCCAUGCCCCCUCCCGUGAGGCCCAAAUUUAAAGACAGAAACAUGAAGACCUUUGUGGUGGAGCGAUCUGGAAACACAGUCCGUCUGAACAUCAACUUCGAGGCCUCCCCACUGCCAGAGAUCAUUUGGGUAAAAGAUGGUAUUCCGGUGGCUAAACAUGUGACAAUUACCAACUCCGAUAAAGGCUCUCAGCUGUUGAUCCCCACCUCCGAGCGCUCCGACAGCGGCGUCUACACCAUUACCGUCAAGAACCUGGUCGGCCAGGAGUGCUUCGAUGUUGAAAUCAGAGUUACAGAUGAUCCCAAGCCUCCAGGACCAGUGGAGCUGGAACAAAACAUCCCAGGGACAGUGACUCUGUCCUGGUGUCCCUCUCCAGAUGAGAAGAGGGACGACAGGCUACACUACAUGGUUUCCCAACGGGACUCCUUCAAGCACACCUGGAGGACUGUGGCUGACAACCUCUUCAACAACAAGUUCACAGUUGUCAACAUUUUGCCCGGGUGGGAGUACCACUUCAGGGUGUUUGCUAAAAAUGACAUGGGCCUUUCAACACCUUCUGAACCCCCUGUGUUUGAGACCAGAAAGGACAAAGAAAAGUUCAUUGUGAACAUGCCAAAGAAGAAAAACCUGGACUUCCAGGCAGCUCCAGCCUUCAUCGUGCCCCUGAAGAUGCGUACGCCUCCUCAGGGCUACGAGUGUCACAUGAGCUGUGCCGUUAAGGGCGAUCCGGCUCCUCGUGUGACGUGGUACCGCAACAACAUCAGCUUGAACACAGACACCAACUACCACAUCACCAACGUCUGCGGUGUCUGCUCCCUGCUCAUAUUGAGGGUCAAAGACAACGGGGAAUACAAAGUGGUUAUUGAGAACAAACUGGGGUCCGCCGAGUGCUCAAUGAACCUGAGUGUCAGAGAGUGAAGACCUGAACCUGCUGAACAGAGACUUGACCGGAAAGAGUCCAUACGUGUUUUGAACUUAUUAGACUAGAUCUGUUAUAGUCUUCUCUUUUAUUUUAAAUAGCGUAGAACAAAAACA